UAAAAGAAAGAGUGAAUGCAGAAGUCACAAAUGUCAAACGAACUAGACACUGCAUUCACCAAAGUCUAGCUAAAAACAGAAAAAAAACACACCUUUCUCUUUAAGCCAAACCCCCAUUUCGUGAUUGCCGAGCGUCCAUCACCGGUAGUUUCGAUCUGCACAGCCAGUGGUCUCACUGAAAUCUAAAGCAAAUUAGUGAUUAUUUUCUUCUUUUUCCUUUUUUCUUUGAGGGUUCAGUUUUUAACUUGACCAAUUGACUGUGGCCCAAAAAACCCUAAUGAUGAUGGACCAAGGGCCUCUUACGCUUAGUGUUCAUGAGAAACCCGAGGCCUCUGCUUUCAUGGCAGGUGUUGAGGGUGUCACUAAGAAGGGAGACAAUACCCGUUUUAGAUCCGAUCGUGGCGGGUCAACCCGUGACCUUGUUGCUGCUGUGACCAGUCUUGGUGUCAACAGGAAGAAAAGGAUGGCCAGACAGAGACGAUCUUCUUCUUUCAAUCUUUUCUCUUUUGGUAAUUCUUCAUCUUCCACCACCUCGCACGUGCCUGCCACCACUGCUCCCACAUGGGUCAUUGAUCCAAGGAGGUUGAGAUUCCUUUUUCAGAAGGAACUUAAGAACAGUGAUGUAGGCUCUCUCAGGAGAAUGAUUCUUCCAAAGAAAGCAGCCGAGUCUUACCUCCCCAUUCUCGAGUCCAAGGAAGGGAUUCUUAUUACCAUGGAUGACUUGGAUGGCCUCCAUGUGUGGAGCUUCAAAUACAGGUUCUGGCCUAACAACAAUAGCCGAAUGUAUGUACUUGAAAAUACAGGCGACUUUGUAAACACACACGGGCUACAGCUUGGAGACUUUAUCAUAGUGUACCAAGACAGUCAAAACCAGAAUUAUGUCAUCCAGGCUAAAAAGGCUUCUGAUCAAGAUGUAAUUUAUACUAAUUUCUCUACGACUGAUGUCAAUGACUUGUUUCUUUACGACUAUGAAGUAAACCAUUGGAGCUCCAUUUACGCCAAUCAUCCUAACGGUGACGACGCAGCCAUGUCGUUUAUUUAUGACACUACGGCCUUCCCAAAUGACUCUCCACUAGAUUUUUUGGGUGGAUCACUGACAAGCUAUUCUAGGAUUGGAACUCUGCAGGAAAGCUUUGGCUCCGUCGAGAACUUAUCUCUUGAUGAAUUCUACUAAACUCAUCUGUGAUGUGUUGUUAAAAGAUUAGGGCAGUAGCUUAAAAACCUCCACGAGAAAGAGAGCAACUUUGUUUUGGCCCUAAGCAGUAGCAUAACUCAACUGUUUGUUGUUGUAUGUCAAAAGUAGAAAUGUAAUAAGGAGCAAGUGUGAAAACUUGCGCAACAUACACAACAUUUGUGGUUUUUUAUUUUUUCUUAGGAAAGUCAUUCGGAUUGGAUUGUCUCGUUAAGAUUUAACCAAUUA